AUGCAGGUGAUAUACUUCUUUCUCUUCUCGUUGUCUGUCAACGGGCACACUCUUAUGCAGCAUCCGAUUCCAUUUCCCAGUCAACUUCUUGACAAUGGGCCUAUGGCAAAGGACGGGUCAAACUGGCCAUGUAAAGGAGAGAAGGACUUCAACAAUAAUGGCAUCAUGAAUGUCUGGGAACGCGGCUCCACACAGUAUCUGCAAGCAAUGGGUGGAGCCAGUCACGGCGGAGGCUCCUGCCAGAUUUCAGUGACACGAGAUCUGAAGCCCACCGUGUUUAGUGAAUGGAGAGUAAUCCAUUCCAUCCAAGGUGGAUGCCCCAUUCGAAAUCUGUCAGAAGUCAAUUACGGAGACUCAGAAACAGCUGUCCUGCCUAGCAUUUACAACUUCACGAUACCUGAUUGGCUCCCUGUAGGACAAGCCGUGAUGGCUUGGACAUGGUACGGUCGAUGGAGUAUACCAGAGAUGUUCAUGAACUGCGCACCGAUCAUGGUGCUCGGUGGAGCAACUGACAAGGACGUUACUGAUGCGAUGUGGAAUGAGAAGUUCGAAAGCGCGCCGCUUAUGUUUGAGGCGAACAAUGGCAACGGAUGCCUCACAGUGAAGGAUAAAACUGGAAAAUGCGUAGUUUUUCCAGAGCCAGGAGAUUCCCUCGAAGUGAAUCCGGACUGUCCGUUUGACACAGAAAAUAUGUUCACUGGAACUUGUGACCCAUCGCACAGAUUGGCAUUGAUGACUCCACGAACGGAUUUUCGGAGUUGGUUGGGUGCUAUGGGAUGUGCUGCAAUAGUUUUUGUGUUUUUGAUAUUUGUUUUGGUCAGAGCAUUUCGGAACGCCCGGUCUAGUAGAAACAAGUAUGAGAAAGUCCUAAGCGCAUAG